CUCUGCAUGCCCUCCAUCGUCAAUCUCAAGUUCAAGGCAUGACGAUUCCAUUUCCCCUCUCGUUCUUUGCUCAACAAUCCUCCAACCACCAGGGGAACAAAUCGUUUGUUGCUUUCAGCAAUCUAAGCGACUCCGAGUCGCUCACAAAAACAUGGAAGGUCUGCACUAAGGUAGCCAGCUACCUCGAGCAGGGCCAGCGCCUCGAGAACCUCUCUUGGCGCCUGUGGCACCUGCAGAACCUCAUUGUCGACACCGACAACGCCAAGUCCAAACGGGAGUUCAAGAAGCUUUCCAAGGUCAUGGGCGACAAGCUCGACAAGGAAAAAGGACGGAGCAUCGAAGAGCUCGGAGCUCCAGACUUCAAGCGCAACGCUUCUUCCGAUCUCAUCCGCCAGCGUGCCGCCGAGAAGGAGCGCAGUCGAGAGGCGUCUCAGAAUGCCAAACCCGGCACCAUCAAGCGCAUGCAGUUCACCUUCUCCGUCGAUCGACCCACACCCGCCGGUCCUGGCGUCGCCAGCAUGCCUGACCUCAAGCCCUCGGCGGAGUUCAAGGACAACGCAUCCAAGCGUGGUCGCCAGGCGGCCCGCGCACCUGCUCUCGAAGAGCAAACCUCGUCCCAGUCAGUGGGCGAGGACGACGCCUCGACUUUGCGCAGGCGCAAGGUCCCCAACUCUUCCUUCGAGCUGGCCCACCACCGGUUCCCUUCUUCUCUCUUCACCAGCGACUUCGGUCCCUCCUCCCUUCUCCAUGCCGCUUCAACGCCCAUGAGCACCGAGGGCGAAGACACCGGCUCUUCAGCGGACGGCCUCUCCGUCAUGCGCCCCACCAUCGAGCUCCCCCUUGAUGAGCUCCUCAGCACCGUCGACACUUGCGACACCUCGCACCUGUGGCCGUUCAACUUCGGCGAGCAAAAGUCCGACCAGGACAUCAUCAUGCACGAUCACUCGCAGAUGCAUCACCACGUCGAGGUCCUCCAGCCUGUCUCCGUCAUCCCCGAAGAGUCUCACAUCUCCACCCCCGUCGCUGUCACCCAUCCCGUCACUCGAUCCGCUAAGGAGGGUAAAGCCUCCAAGCGGGGGUCGACACCAGGCAACCGUCCUUCGCUCACCGUCAAGACCUCGCCUGCCACUCGCUCAUCUGGGCCCAGUGCCACUGCCACCAGCGUCAAUCCGGCUGUUCUCCGAAACAACGCCGGUACCAACGGCAACUCUGCUCCUGGUGGGGUCAAGGCCGAGUGCGUGAACUGUGGUGCCACGCACACGCCUCUCUGGCGCCGGGGUCUCAAUGACGAGCUCAACUGCAAUGCAUGUGGCUUGUACUGCAAACUCCACAAGCGCCCGCGUCCUAAGACCAUGCGGAGCAACCACGGCGAAGGUCGUACACAGGCCGCUCCUCGGCAGGAGACUGUUGACGUCGUCGGUGGGUACAAGGCUUCUCCGAGUAUGACGCCCGUUCAAACUCGUGUAGCCUCCACUCCCGCAGGCACUGCCCAGUGCUACAACUGCCAUACCACUGCUACUCCGCUCUGGCGGAAGGACGACGAGGGCAAGACGGUCUGCAACGCUUGUGGACUCUACUUCAAACUACACGGUUCUGCUCGUCCUAUUUCCAUGAAAUCAGACGUCAUACGCAAGCGUUCCCGUCAUGACGCUCGGCGUGCCGGUCCGGACAAUGCAUCCGAGACACCCUCUGCUAGUCCAGGGGCUUCCCGUCGCCCGUCUCCCUCCGCAGAGCGCUCUCCUACCCUCGCUCCGGACUCGACUACGCAGCCGACGUACGAGUUCACUGAGGACCCAGAGAUUCGCAACACCCAGUCCGAGCUCAUGAACGCCCUCGGCUCUCCCAACUCCGGUGCCAACGGAGUCUUCUCCCAGGCGUUUGCGUCUGUUUUUAACCAGUUCCCUGGCCCGUAUCACCCAGACCACCUCAAUCAGACUUUCGCAAGCCCACCCACCGAUGCACUGCCCUUCCAGAACGUCGAGGUCCUCGAUUCUGAUGACAACAACGAGCAGCGCACCACUAAGCGCCGACGCAUGAGCACGGACUCUGCGUCCGAGCCGCCGUCGUCUGCUGUUUCUUAUUCUUCAUAUAACGAUUCUUAUUCUUCGGCAUCGCACUCGCGUUCCUCGUCGAUGGACUUCCCCUUCUUUUCCUCGUACAACAUCUUCCGCGGCUCUGGCAAUACGUUCUGGCACCCGCCCAUGCUCUCGACGGCGGACCGUUCCCCGCCGUUCGUCCACCCUCCCAUGCUUCCCGCGGACGAGUCGCCGAUGGACUUCCUCCACCCGCCCAUGCUCCCCGCUGACGAAGAGAACCUAUUUUCGAGCUUCCUCCACCCACACCCGCCUAUGCCUUGCCAUGACGAGAACGGUAACAGCAACAACGGUGGCGGCCAUGGCGACUACGGGAACGCCGCGAGCCAGGCGGAGUUUUACGACGCCGCUGCUAUGCAGACUUAUUGAACACGCGCAUACGGACUUUCACCAUUUCAUCAUUGAAUCCAUUGCAUCCCAUCAUCGCUGUCACUUCUUUUAUUCCAUCUCACUUAUUUGCUCCCAUCCCAUUGUUCAUCCACUGGUCUCCUCCGGUAUCGUCUCGCCUCGUGUUUCUCCCCUCUCCACUGUAGCUCGUCAUUAUCACGUCCCACGACUCCACCACGUUCCACGCUUUCUUCACGCCCUUUAUCAUCGGAUUCCUGAUAGAAGCACCCGCGUUCUGUAGCAUCGUCCGCCUUUCCUCCCCUCUUCUUCUUCCGUUUAUCUUCCUUUCACCGAGCAUAUAUAUUUUUCGGUUGGUAAGUAUGUACAAGUACCUAACUUAGGUGUACGUACUGUACGGCGUGCACCCCACGCACGCUCAUCGCGCUCUCCGCCCGCUCCCGAGGUCGCCGACACAUGCUCGUCGCUCGGCCAUGCACACCCGGCAUAUUCUCUUCCUUGCUCCCUUAUUUCCCUAUCACGUUUAUUCCGUUGUCAC